AUGUCGGCGCUUAUUCUCAUGGGCUUGAUGCCCAGAGGAAAUGAAUACUCAUUGGCCGCGCGAUUGUCCAAUGCUCCGGAAAUUGAUAUCGACCCUCUUCCGGCUAACCACCGACGAGGCUUGAUAGCUAUCGCGGUGAUGGCCCUUUUGUCUCUCAUUGCAACCUCAGUACUCCUCUUCUUCAUCACCUAUCGACUUAUUUUCUGGCGUGGCAGUUAUACACGAUACAUCGGUUACAACCAGUAUAUCAUCCUGAUCUAUAACUUGGUUCUGGCAGAUUUCCAACAAUCUCUUGCAUUCAUCAUUUGUCUACGAUGGAUCUUAACGGACAAAAUCCAAUCUGGCACCGCUUCCUGCUUUUUGCAAGGCUUAUGGCUGCAAAUUGGCGAUCCCGGCAGUGGCCUGUUUGUGCUGGCCAUCGCCUUCCACACAUUCCUGCUGGUCGUCUGGGGCCGUAAAAUGUCCUACAAAUUCUUCGUCUUCUUCGUCGUUGGCGUCUGGGCCUUCGUGGCCCUGAUGGUAAUCAUCCCAUUAGCCCUGCACGGCGCCGACGUUUUCGUCCCCUCAGGAGCCUGGUGCUGGAUCAGCGAAGAAUACGAAACCACCCGUCUGUGGACUCACUACAUCUGGAUUUUCCUCGCCGAGUUCGGCACCGUCGUUCUCUACGCCGUGAUGUAUUUCCAGUUGCGCCGCCAAAUCGCCGCCUCCGCCAUUCUGGGCAACAGCCAACUGGAGAGUCUGAAGCGGCUCCGCCGCGUUGUCGGCUACAUGACCAUCUACCCAAUCGUCUACAUCACUCUCUCAUUGCCACUCGCAGCCGGCCGCAUGGCAACAGCCCACCGCGACGAACCCAGCAUCACAUUCUUCUGCUGCGCCGGCGCCAUCAUCACCAGCUCCGGACUCGUCGAUGUCAUCCUGUACACCCUGACCCGCCGCAACUUGAUCAUUGACUCGGAGCCCAGCCAUGACCGCUCCUACAACAAAUUCAACAGCAGUAAGGGCAAGCGUGGUGACACCCAUAUGACUACCAUCACCGCCGAGCCGUCCAAGCGCAAUAUGGGCGGGACGUUCGACGAUCGCGAUGGUUCAACGGAUAACAUUGUCACGCACACCCCCCAGGGCCAUCAUUCUGAUGACCAUGAAAUGGCCCCCAUUGGGAAAGUGUUCCAGCAUACCACGAUUGAGAUUACGCAUGAGCCUGCGUUCCCGGCCGAGGAGUCGAGCGGACGCUCCAGUAAAGAGGAUUUCCAACGGCCGCCUCCUGCAGCAUGGCGGAGAUGA